AUGAUUGCCUUCUGCUGCGGCGUCGUCUUUUUCGACAAAACCUUAUACGACAGCCCAUCCAACCACCACGAUCAGGCACAAUGCGCUACAUUCCACAGUACGCCCGCGAAGAUAUACACGCCGUGUAUGAAGCGAUGGAAUGAGCAGGCCUACUUUAUUUUCAUUUUGUUUCCGGAAGAAUUGCGGAUAUCCACAGACCGGCACUGGCGCCAACUCCUGCAGGAAGCCGAAAUCACUGUCAAGGCCGCAAUGAGUUCUCUCGAGAAGUUCUGGGAGAGAUUCAUCUACACACAUACUUCCUGCAAGCUCACGGAGCAGUUUUACAAAGAUGACGAUAUGUGGGACAUCGGGAGGCUCAUGCGUGAUAUACUGGGAAAGGCCAACUUCGACUUUGAGAAGUCAUAUUUGGGGCGGUUGAGGACAGAGGACUUCUCUGGUGGCAAGAAGCAGCUUGAAACCGUUGCGAAGAAGUCUAGCAACGCCAAAGAGAAUUGUGGAAACGGUCAGAUGGGCAAUGGAUGGAAAUUAGACGAACCCUCCAAGCUGAACUCUGAAAAAUUCGCUAUCCAGUGA